GUCUGAGCAGUCUGAAGUCUACAGGCUAAAUAUCCAGAACACACGCACCGAUUACUCAAAAGUCGAUUUCCAUACUAUAAAUCGCCCGUAAAAUACUAGCUGAGGCAGUGCAAGUUUUUUAAGCUUUGGUACCAACCUUGAACAUUUGGGUGGCACUCCCUCGGAGGACUAGCGAUGAUGGGGUUCAGGUCUGACAACUGAGGUGAGGGGAAGAAAAGAAACGUGACAAAAAAGAAUCGCCUCCGGCUUUGUCUAACAAGUGGGCGCUUAACCGAAAAAGGAAUGUAGAACUAAUCAAUUAAGAUUUGGCCACAACUACCUGGCGACACAUGAACGGCUCGGUCUAAAGAGCUGCUAAAGAGAGGCUGGUCACCUUCCUAGGCUCGGUGAUACUCACAGUUCAUCACGAUCUUUGCGACUACUAGUACUAUUGUGUGAUGGCUGACAGAUCCAAGUCCUCUCGGCUUUUCUCCCGGCUGUCAAAGCGACGACAUUCCUCCAAGCCCCUAAGCAGUCCCUCUCAGGCCUUGACCUCCCCUUUUCCCGACAUCCAGAUCACUCCGGUUAGCGGAGAUCGUGAUGAAUCUGACGGAUCUCUUCUCCACCUUCCCACUGCCACCACGCAAACUGGUGGAGAUUCGCAGACGUUUUUUCGACACACUCUAUCUGGGCUGUUCCGCAGAAGCUCAAGCUCCGGUUCCAGUCGUGUUGAUCAAUCUCCCCUCUCUGGGCCCCCUAACAAAUCGCUACCGUUGUCUCCUCACCUCGGAGCCACCAACAAUAUCCCUCGUGAUACACCUAUAGAGCGCGUCACUCAUGAUAAUACUGCGGGCCACCUACAACUAGGGCGCACAGGCGUGGACUUGGAUAUUUCGUCAUUAAUGGAGCGAAUUCCAUCAUCGUCAGCCGUUCCUACUGGCGACAGAAAGAAAACAACCAUCGCUGCAACAAGGCUCGUCCUCCAAACCGCUGCCUCUGCCCUCAGGUUCGUCCCCAUUGCGAAUCUUGAUCAGAUACCAAAUAUACUUCUAACAUGGCUCCAAGUUUACGAGAGCGUUGACGACAACGACGAAAAUCUUAAGGGAUUGGGCGAUGAAGUUCGGAAGGCUCACGAAACAAUCUUUAGACCGCUCCAAUUGUGGACUGGCCAAGUCCCACAUGAAAUCAGCGACGUAAUUCAACAGUUCAACUCAGCCCUACAAGGACUACUGGAACGAAUUGAAGCACUCAAACGCCAAAAGCUUGCCAAGAGGGUAAUCCGUGCGACUGAGAUAACGCAGGAAGUAAGCUCCGUAAAGUCUUGCAUCGGUGAUGCUAUCUCUCGUUUUACGACCGCUGCCACAACGCUAAAUCUCCUCCACACAAUCCGGUUAUCGGUGGACUAUGAGCUUUUGAAACUCCAUAAAGUGGAUGCGCAGUAUUCCUCCGUGAUCAGCAGGUCCGAAUGCUUGGAAAGCACACGUGUUGAGAUUCAAAGAUCCAUUCUUGAUCGCCUGAAGGAGCGGGGGCACCGGUUUGUCUGGUUGCGCGGUUCUCCGGGCACUGGAAAGACCGCCAUAUCAACGAGUGUUGCUUCGACUCUUGACAAACGGAAUCACUUGGCAGCAUCGUUUUUCUGGGACAAAAAUCAAAAGGGAACAGGGCUCGAUUCGAUCAAAUACUUUCCCUCUACCCUUGCACGCCAACUUGCUUCGUUUAAUGCCGAGUACGAGGGCCUGCUUGUCAGUCACCUUCGACAGCCGUUGUCGUUGAAGAUCGUUCCCGAUUCUGUACUGGAGAAACAAAUGAAAGCUUGGAUCAUCGACCCCAUGCACGAACUCAAGAGCAUAUUGUCUUCGAGCGACGGACGCUUCGGCAUCGUCUUGGACGGGCUGGAUGAGUGUGGGACUCAGGAGGAACUCGAGUGCUUGAUGAAGCUCGUACUUAUCCUUGAUGAGCUACCAGCUGCAUUUGCGGUGUUGGUCAGCUGUCGACCAGAGUCAUCGGUUACAUCAGCCUGGGGCAGAGCUCGGAGUCGGGGUCUUGUCAUACCAUGUGAAGAUGUGGAUGCGCUUGCUAAAGGCGAGAAGUUCCACACGGUCCGUCGCAUCGUGGAGGAAGGCCUUCGGAAUCGUAUUGAAGAGUCUUUGUGGAAACCAUCAGGGGAAGAUCUGGAUGCUUUUGCUUUUGCUUGUCGUGAACUGCCUGUCAUUGCCUCGACACGAGUCCGAGACGUCUGCCUUCAAACUCGUCGUGGUGCAACACUUGAGUCUGAGUUUAAAUACUUCCGCGAUCUUACUAACGCCCCCGUUGACGUCAACUCGGAGUAUUUACGUGUACUUCGCCGAGCCUAUGUGGUUGAUUCAUCCGGAGUCCGUCCACAGACAGCCAAGAAGUAUUUCCAAGUGGUCGGCACGAUUAUUGCGGCACACGAGCCACUAAGUGUGUUUUCUAUGUCGCAACUGUUAGGAAUGUCCGAGGAGGAGGUCCUGGCAAUAUUGGAACCUAUUAGCUCGCUUGUCGAUCUCUCCCAAGUAAGUCGCUCGGAACGUUCCUCAGGGAAUCCUCCAGUGGAUGCGAAAAGCGUCAUAUUCUAUCAUGCAACGAUGAAGGAAUUCAUAACAGGGGACCCAAUUGGUAAUGAAAAUGACAGAGUAUUCUUUUUCAAAGAUGUGAAAGGGUAUUUCCUUGGACUACCGCUCCUUCGAUUUCUCAACAACAGUACACCGGAUGUAUUUGGGAUGCCUACCACCCCCCCCUUAGGAGAUGAGCAGAAAUGGAAGGAUUUUCGGGAGUUUCAUCGUCCCUAUCAUCACCCUCAACAUCUCCAAUAUGCCAUCAAAUACUUAUUUCGACACUUAGACCCUUCACAACUCUUUGCGCAGGACAACGAUUUGCAGAACGAGUUUAAUACCUUCCUUGUGCGAAAUUUGGUGACGUUUAUGCUCCUGGCCCAGUUUGACUUUGUGUUGCCUGCGGAAUUUCGUCCAUUCAACGUAAGUGAAAAUCAUUCAUAGAUACAUACUGUGCAUAUUUCAAUAACAUUAUGCCACUUCAAUAGAAUUGCGAUUCAUUCAAACUUCUGAGAGAAGCUCAAGAAAAGAUAGAGGAAUUGUGCAUAAUUCCAAUUCGCCAUCGGAACAGUGCCCUUCCUUACUAUGAACCAUCGAACCUUUAUC